CAGACGGGACGGCCUCACACGACCACCUGCACCCAGCAGACAGAAGGAGCGAAGAGCAACAAACAGGAGUCAUUAUUAUUUCCAGAACAGCUAGCCAUGACGCCUCAGCAGUAAUGUCGGAAAGAGACACAAAGCUUCUCGCUGAUUGGCUGCAGCUGUACGUCACUCAGCUCACAGAGAGGCGGCAACCCGGAAAAAUAUCACAAAAAACAACAAGAAAGAGGAUAAAAAUCAUAUUUAACGUCAUUUAUUCACACAG